AUGGCCUACGUGUAUAACUCGGGGUACGAGUAUGACAGCGACGGAAGCGACGUGCGCUACGAAGACCUUGAUGAGCGUGGCUCGGAUGAUGAGCUCAGGUUCGAGCUCCAGGAGAGUUUCAGCAACCCUGCGCUGGUCGAGCAGGGCGGCCUUCGAAGCUACGAGACCAAGAAGGACGGCACUGUGCUCUACUACGCCGACAGGCCCUCGGAUUAUUCUAUUGUGGCCGACCGUCUUCUCUGGGUCGACGGUUACGAGAGUACGAUGGCUGACGGUCAGCACGGUCGCGAGAUGACUCUAGUCGUGCUCAAGAUCAAACUUUUCUCGGCGGACCGCGACUCCAAGUUCAAGAGCUUUACAGCCGAGCUAUCCUUCAAGGACAAAGUGACUGGCGGCGAGCACGAGCCGUUGGUCGAAGCCUGGGCACCCUUCCGCACGCCCGCGAGGUGGAACCCGGCCGUAGCCCAGCGGGAGGUGACGGAUAUGAAAGAGGGUGGGGCCAAGGCUGGCUACCAGGGCGCUGAGUUGUCGGCCGCCCGCAGCCGCGAAAAGAAGAUGUCUUGGGAUCAGGUCGACUUUGAUGAGGGCAACUCAGGCGAAAUGAUCAGCCAGAAGACGGGCCGACGCAACGGCGUGCGGUGGUCUGUGACGCAGAACGACGUGAGCGACCUUGGCGUCACCCCUGAGAUCUGGGUUGCCGUUCUCCUAUCCCGGACGUCGCAGCAGCCGUACGGGGUUAGGUUUCGACUUUACUCGCGCGGCGGAAGCCUACGUGAGGUCGUCGAGGGAACGAAGCGCUUCUUUGGGACGAAGCCGGACGAGACGAAGCCCUUUUCGCUCACGCCUUGGAAGCGCUCCAUCUGCCACAGCGAGGGGAAGAGCAUUCUCGAGGCCAUCGACCUCAACAAUCUCGGGAAGCUGAGGGGUGUCUUGGGCACCGACCUGAUUCUACCCUUGGGGCCCGACUAUCGCAUCGUUCCGCCCGAGUCGUCCAGGAAAUCUGCAGCUGGAGCGCCCACGCUAGCGCAAGCACCCGCACCCGUCCCCGCACCGGUCGAGGUUGUGGAUCCCCGGCCCGCAGAGACAGGGGUGGGGCGAGGCGAGGAGAAAGCGAGCGAGCAGGGGUCUUCAGCCGCAGCCCCGGCGAAGCCCACUACGCGCUGGCAUAUUCCGGCCGACCCCAUCCGUCUUGCGGCCAUGGAGAGCCGCGUGGCCCACGCAGAGGCCCGUAUCGCUACGCUCGAGUCAACCAUCCUCGAGCUGCGGGAAGCUUUGUACGACAUCAAGAUCAAGGUCUAA